AUGAAUCGGUCGAAGCAGAGAAAACUUGAGGAGCCGAAGAAAAAUGUCUCCACCACCUGCACCAACUGCCGUGAACGGCAUUUGAAAUGCGAUGGCGGGCCUGUAUGCUCGCGUUGUCGUGCGGAUGAUAGACAGUGUGUGUUUGUCUUGUCAAGACGAGGUCGACGACCCAGCAUUAAGCACGGUGCCAUCAAUAAGGCUGCGCGACUCUCAGACUUGCGUAGCAGCACCAGGUCAGAAGGAGAGAAUGUCGAGACGGCCUCCGAGUUGACGAUCCCUGAGGGAAGCAAUCAAUCUUCAUCUCGUUCGAACUCUCAGCUCCGCCGAUGGAUGACUGAUGUGCCGGAUCGCUUCGAUUCGGUCGAUUUUUCGAGUACGUCGGAUGUAGAGGAGGUCCUAGAUGGAUUUCCAGCUAUAAAACCGGCUAAAAUCGUUCAUUCCGCACAUUUACUUGAUAUAUUCUACUCUCGUGUAUUCUUUUCCCAUCCGUUUAUUUUGCCCCGCAAAUACCUUGUCGAGGAAUUCGAGCGGGGUGACUUGGGACAUUUACAAGCAGCGAUUGAGUAUAUCGCAUCCUUUCACGAUCCUGCAAUGCAAACGGGCCAUUUCAGAGACGCUGCAAACUCGGCAUUGUUAAAUAGAAGUUUAACUCCCAAUGUGUAUAUGGUUCAAGCGUUACUUUUGUUUGCCAUUGCUCUGCACUUUGGGAAGGAAUCAACCCUCGCCAGCUCGACCCUGUCGCAAGCCAUUGAGCUUGCUGUCGAGCUGGGGAUGAACAACCGCCAGUUCAACACGGGAGAUGUGUCUUCUGUCUACGAGGAGAGCUGGAGGAGAACAUGGUGGGAGCUCUAUAUUUUUGACGGUUAUUUGGUUUCUCUCCGGCUUAGAGCUCAUUUCACUUUGCACUCGAUACCUUCAGACGUGUUGUUACCAUGUGAUGACCUGGAAUAUGUGACAGGAAAAAUCCCGCCGUCCCGUUCGCUUGAGGAAUAUCAAACGAAAAUAUGUCCCGCGUUUUAUGAUGAUAGAUUCUCAUCCUAUACUUGUCGCAUUGAUUCCGUGCGCAUAUUUGGUAAACUACAAAGGCCAGACCAGCUUUACGGGCUGUCAUUGUCACCCUCACCCCAGUUGUCGCCUGUCUCUGCAUCCAAUAGCUCCAUUAAUCAGGCCAGCGUAAUAGUCACACAGUCCGAUACUACGACCCCCUCAAACGAAAGUAAAUGGGAGAAAAUCUCAGCUAAUCGACUAGCUCCCCUCCCGAGAUCCUGCUCCUCCUCGGUCCAAAGCCAUGAUGACUACCAUAGCCAGCAUUCAGGCACAGCCCAAAGAAGUACAAAUGCAACUGAGCGUAUCGCAUUUCAGCAACCUGAGCCCGAUGAGUCGAGAUUUCCUCAACAGGAUGUGCAUCAAUCCCCUACCGUAGGCGAACCCAGCAUCUCUCCCGAACCACAGCCAGCUCAGCCGUACUUACGGCGGCCCUUGAAAAGGGCAGGAAGUGAUUACUGGAGUUUUAUGCCGUCAAGGUUUGAUAAAUCAUGGGAUGACUUGUCCGAGACAGUAUAUGACUUUGGGGGAUUCGCCGAUUCGCCGUACUCUUCAGCAACAACAAACUCCCUACAAUCAGAUAACUCGGAACUAAACAUUAGCUACGACACGUGGCUAAUAAAAUUACCCCUCGACAAGACUUUCGGCAUUGUGUCUUCCAACGCUCACUCAACACUAUAUCUCGGGGGCGAAAUCCAAAAGCUCUUCGCAAUCCCAAAGGGAUGCGAAUUUUUCGGUUUAAACGGCGAACAGAUGUCUCCAUUUUUUUACCUCCCUUCACGCUCCAAUCCCAAACACCCACCUGCCCCAAAAUGGUGGAAUGCUGAUUUCUUCAUCCCUGGCACCAGAACUUUAUCUCCAGAAAUCCUUUCCCGGUUCGAAGGGCCUCUAGCUACCCUGCUUCCAACACCUGCGCAGUUGAACUACCCACAUCCAUAUUGGAUCGACACGGUCCCCAUACCUCAACUUCGCGAAGCCAUCAUCAUCGCACUUUACCAUGCGCCUCACCUGCUCGAUGAGAUGGAGUUAAUCAUGGAUUUCUGUGACGCUGGUGGUAAGUUCCGGGGCGGGGGCCACUUUUGUGACCCAAAGAAUUGGGAGAUAGGUGAUAAUUUCUGGCUCAAGUGGGGCUUCCUGGUGAGUCCUGAUAUGAUGCGCCAGACGGAUCGAUGGAGGCGUAUGCGCGGGCUCCCAAGCAUCACCACGUCGGGGAGGCCGGGUGAUCUUGCGAUAACCGGUAUUCCAGGAAGACGUUCAAAGGUUUUUAAUUAUGUGCCGGAGGAGGUUUAA